AUACGACAAUUUUAUCAUCUAAAAUGGGCCGUGGGUAAGCAACUGUGUGGGUACACGUAGAAAUUUAACCACCUGGCGUUUACAGCGUAAUUCUUGUCCACUUUACCUGCAGAUAAACGCUUUCCGCCAAUUUGUGAAAAACUUGAACAAAUGAUAACAUGAAUUCUGAUAAGAAUAACGAGGCAAUAAGGAAAAUUCUAGGAAAACUGGACCGCUUGUCAGAGUUGGAAGUUGAUUUCCUGAAUUACAAUGCCAAUCAGUCCAUUAUAUCCCCUUUUGAUGAUCUCAUAGAGACAUGCUCAAGUUAUAUAGAAGAUACGGAGAUAGAAAAUGGGCUACUAGAGGAAUUUUUAACACAGAAGAAAAGACACGCAGAGAUUCUGGAAGACAAGGUUCAAAACGCUCAUCAAUCAUAUAAUGAGCUGGAACUCGAAUUACAAAAUGUACAAGCGGAGCAUCAAGGAGCUGUAAAUGUGUUGAAACAGUGCGAGAGUUUGCAUUGUGAUAUUGAAGAGCUGCAGCAGAAAAAGGAGUCAAAAGAGAGGCUUGCUAUGUGGAAACAUUCUUGCGACUUGGAAAGUUUGGAGAUUCGAGCUUUGAAAUGUAAAUUAGAUGAACUAGAAGGAAAACUUUCCUUUGAAAAAACCACAUCUCCGGAUUCCGAGAUAAAAUACAGGCUCUUUUAUUCAUUCAUAACAUCCGCAUUGAAAACAACAAUCCUAAGUAUUGAUGAUCAAGAAAAUGUCAAUUUAGCCAUAUUAUCAGAAUCUGAGAAAAAUGAACAUGUAUGGCAUCGACUCUCGUACUCCUUAAGGACUGCAGAUGUUUCUACAUGUGAUUUUCUAUGGAACAUCAUUCAAAAAUCGCUAUCAUCGCAAAAAUUGCAAAGUAUACCAUGUACAAAUACACCUAAAAUUGAUUCCUAUCACUUGUCGUCACCCUAG